GGGGCGGGGAAGGGAAAGAGGAAGGGGGAAGAGAGUAGGAGAGAGAAAGCAGGCAGGAGGCCGCCGGUGCGCCGCGAGGAGGCGGGGAGACUGGCUCGGCCGGCGCCCGGCCUCUCCCCCGCGGGCUGCAGGUGGAGUCCGCAGAGGUAGCCGUUUCCGCAGCCGCCGCCACCUCCUCGCCAGGACCAGCUUUCCAGGCCCCGAGGGCGCUGGCGUGGGGCAGCCGGUGCUCGCGGAGGGGGCGCCGGGGCCCGCAGCUCACCCGCCGUGCCCCGGCUGCGCCCCCGCGCCUCGCCCAUGGCUGAGGGCCGGCGGCGGGAGGACGAGGAGGAAGAGCUGCGCGAGCGCCGCGAGCUCGGGGGGCCGCGCCGCGCCCGGGGCCGUGCGCUCUCGGGCCACUCGGCCGCAGAUUGCAACGAACGAAAUAAGCCAGAGCAUCGUUCUUCAAGCCAAGGACCCUUGUCAUCCAUUAGAGCAGUAAUCAAGAGAACUUCUCGGACUUCUAUUCAGAGUGAGCUUCAUCGAGAGAGGAGGCUUCUGUCUGCUAGGCGCCCAGAGAUCACCAUUGUGGCAGCUGAGCCACUGAGGCCAGCCUCGUGGUUUCCAGGAGCCCCACCUCCGGGACUGGGGUUUCCUGCAUCUUCUGCAGCAUGCUCUUGGAGGCCCAGUGAGCUGGUUCCUACUGAGCUCCCACCAUCUUAUGAACAAGUCAUAAAAGAAAUCAACCAAGUUCAAGUUAAUACUACAAAUAAUAAUAAUGCUGCUGCGACUCCAAGGCACACUAUUACUUCUGCAACUCAGACUGACUUUUCAGAAGAAAUAGACAACCAUCUGCCUCAAAGUAAUGCAACACUACAGGCACCUCUCAAACCUCUUCAGCCUUCCCCAGCAGUCUCAGCCAGUGAUCUUCUGACAAAUGUGGCGCCUUUAAUAGUCUUUGAUGUUGCUGAAGAACAGAAUUGUCCAGAAAACUCCAGUGCUACAAGAUGUCCAGUGCCAAAACCAAGAUCAAAAAGCAACCUCAGACCAGUAGCCAGAGAUACUCACAUUAAAAAGCAGCAUCACCAGAAAAUCAGCUCUGCGGCCACAAAAGAAGAGUCAUCCCCAAGCCAGCCCCAGUCUCUGCUGGACAAUACCAACGACUUGGAUAGUCAGGCAGUAAUGAACAUUAUGAACACAGAACGAAGCCAAAAUAGUAUUGUUUCAAGGAUCAAAGCAUUUGAGGGUCAGACAAAUACAGAAACCUCGGGACUGCCCAAGAAACCAGAAAUUGCUCCCCGCACACUCCCCCCAAGGCCUACUGUUUCCUCAGGGAAACCCUCUGUGGCUCCCAAACCAGCUGCUAACAGAGCUUCUGGAGAAUGGAACUCCUGGACUGAAAACAGACUCAAGGUGGCCUCUAGGGAAGGGCUCACCCCACACUCUCCACUGCAAGAAGCAGGGAGCAUCCCAGUAACCAAACCUGAAUUGCCAAAGAAACCAAAUCCUGGCCUUAUACGCAGUGUUACUCAUGAGAUUCUGGGAGGAGGGCCCGUGGCUGAGAGCCCUGAUGGUGGGAAGAAAGUCCCAACUCCUGCUCCUCGGCCUUUGCUGCCGAAGAAAUCGGUUUCCUCAGAAAACCCCACCUACCCUGCAGCUUCGCUGAAACCGGUCACUGUUCCUCCCCGACUCUCAGUGGCAUCACAAGCCAAAGCAUUCAGGUCACUGGGAGAAGGACCCCCAGCCAACCCCCCAGUUCCAGUUCUGCAAAGCAAGCCUCUGGGGGACAUCGACCUCAUCAGUUUUGAUGAUGAUGUUUUACCCACCCCAUCUGGGAACCUGGUUGAAGACUCCCUGGGUUCAGCGUUGGUUCUGGAUCCCUUUCAGCUCCCCACAAAAACAGAACCAACAAAAGAACGAGCAGUUCAACCAGCGCCCACCAGGAAGCCCACUGUGAUUCGAAUUCCAGCCAAACCAGGAAAAUGUUUACAUGAGGAUCCACAAAGCCCACCUCCUCUCCCUACUGAAAAACCUAUUGGAAACACUCACAGUACAGUAUCUGGAAAACUCAGUAAUGUGGACAGAACUAGAAACUUGGAAUCUGACCACACUGGUCAAACAGGAGGUUCUGUGCGAGGACCCCCAAGGUUGCCACCAAGACCUGCAAAUGGAAAAAUCAUACCAGCUCGACAGCCUCCUCCCAAAGGAGCCCCUGAGAGACCACCUCCCCCCAAACUUUCUGCAACCAGAACAUCAAAUAAAAAACUACCUUUUAAUCGGUCUUCUUCUGACAUGGAUCUUCAGAAAAAACAAAGUAACUUGGCAUCUGGACUCUCAAAAGCCAAGAGUCAAGUCUUUAAAAAUCAAGAUCCGGUGCUGCCCCCUCGCCCCAAACCAGGACACCCUCUCUACAGGAAAUACAUGCUGUCUGUGCCUCAUGGAAUUGCCAGUGAAGACAUUGUCUCACACAAUCCUGGAGAACUCUCUUGCAAGCGUGGGGACGUACUUGUGAUGCUGAAGCAGGCGGAAAAUAAUUACUUGGAAUGCCAAAAGGGAGAAGAUACUGGCAGAGUUCACCUGUCUCAGUUAAAGAUUAUCACCCCACUUGAUGAACAUCUUAGAAGCAGACCAAACGAUCCAAGCCAUGCUCAGAAGCCUGUUGACAGUAAUGCUCCUCAUGCUGUCGUUCUUCAUGAUUUUCCAGCAGAGCAGGUUGAUGAUUUGAACCUCACUUCUGGAGAAAUUGUUUAUCUCCUGGAAAAAAUAGAUACAGAUUGGUACAGAGGGAAAUGUAGAAACCAGACUGGCAUAUUUCCUGCCAACUACGUCAAAGUAAUUAUUGACGUUCCAGAAGGAAGAAAUGGGAAAAGAGAAUCGGUUUCAUCUCAUUGUGUUAAAGGCCCAAGAUGUGUUGCUCGAUUUGAAUAUAUUGGAGACCAGAAGGAUGAAUUAAGUUUCUCAGAGGGAGAAAUUAUUAUUCUUAAAGAGUAUGUGAAUGAAGAAUGGGCCAGAGGAGAACUUCAAGACAGAACUGGGAUUUUCCCUCUUAACUUUGUGGAACUUGUUGAGGAUCAUCCCACCUCUGGUACAAAUGUUUUAAGCACAAAGGUACCAUCAAAGACCAAAAAAGAGGAUUCUGGUGCAAAUUCUCAGGAUAACAGUUUUUCUGGAGAAUGGUGCGAAGCUCUUCACAGUUUUACGGCAGAGACCAGUGAUGACUUAUCCUUCAAGAGGGGAGACCGGAUCCUGAUCCUUGAGCAUCUGGACUCGGACUGGUACAAGGGGAGACUGCGUGACAGGGAGGGGAUCUUCCCAGCAGUCUUUGUGCGGCCCUGCCCAGCUGAGGCAAAAAGUAUGUCUGCUUUAUCCCUGAAGGGGAGGAAGGCCAAAGCCUUAUAUGAUUUCCAUGGGGAGAAUGAAGAUGAGCUUUCCUUCAAGGCUGGAGAUAUAAUAACAGAGCUGGAAUCUGUGGAUGAUGACUGGAUGAGUGGAGAACUAAUGGGAAAAUCUGGAAUAUUUCCCAAAAACUACAUUCAGUUUUUACAAGUCAGCUAAAGGUGAAGCUUGACUGUGUUCCUUGGCACAAGAACUCACUUGAACUAUCACUUUGACUAUCAGAUGUUUUUGCACUAUUUUUUAAACUGAAAGAAAUCUCUAUGCUGUACAUGGUACACUAGAAUUUUCUGAAAGCAAAAAAUGUCUAGAUUUUGUAGUUAGCUUUCAUUCACAGUAGAAACAUGCACGUGGAAGCCCUUAAGCAAGUAUUCUACCAAGGAAAACAUCAAGCAGGAUUAGCAAGGCAGAUACACCCUUCCCCCAGGGAAAAUGUCUGGGGACAUGGCAGCAUGGGGAGGCUUACAAGUAAAAGUUGCACUUGGACAUCUAUUUUCAUCAGCACAAGUAAAUUAACCGUGCUUCUUCAUUUUUUACUUCAGUUUAAAAAGAGGACGUUUGAUAUUCUACAUGCUGUAACUAUCAGGACAUGGUUGGUAAUCUGAAUUUCAUUUUUGAUAUUCAAAUUAAUUCUAACAGCUUGAGCGCAUUUUCCUUAUUACCAGGGCAAAUCCUUGCUUCAGGAGGGGUUAGUUUCUUGACUAGUUGGAGCCUUUGUGAGCACGGGAUGAAUCAGCUCAUGCUCAACAAAUGCUCCCUGUGUUACUAAGAGUUUCCCCUUUGUCCAAGGAUUUGAAGGGGGCUAACAUUUUAUGUAUGUUAGUCAGAAGAACCAAAACCAUCCUGAAAUGCCUUGCUAACACAACUAACCCUUCCACAUACCUGCCGUACUUAUUUCUGUCCUCCAUGUAUACUUUAUGUUAACAGGGUUAUUAUAAAGCACAUUUUCUGAAUCUGCAAUCAUUCUUUUGACAAUUACUGGUAUCCAAAGAAAAGUUCAUUUUCUUUGCGUUACCCCAGUAAUAUGUAAAAGCUGUGUCUUGUUGUAGUGGUACAUUAUGAAUCACAUAUAUCUCAGUACAGAGCAACUGUUAAGAUGGAAAACAAUGCCAAACCCCCACAGCUCAUUUCUUCCCAAUAUAAUCAGAAUGAAAAAUAAUUUAAGAAGACCGAAUGCUGAUACUCUUUUUGGGUCUCCCCCACCCCCUCAUCCCUGCACAAUUGUUAGAGUAAAUUAAAAAACCACUUUCUUGCUGUCCAUUGUUCUGCAUUCCAGGCGUAAGAUAAAAGUGAUUCUUUACUUGACUGAAUCAAUUCGUUUAUGGGCUAAAGCCAAAUAGGUCGAAGACAAUCUUCCAAACAGAUCAAUGGAAUAGAAUUUCAUUGGAAAUGUAAAACACUUUCCCAACAAUGUUCAUGACUUUCUUCUGUUUUUGAGAAGAGUUUCAUAUGCUGGGCCACUUUUUAGCUUUUGUUGUUUCCCAUUGUCCAAAGUUAGGCAGCCCGUGGUCAAACCAUUAUGUGAACACCAUGUGGUUUUCUGUAAGGGAGGAGAUAUUUACUUUGUCUUUGAUUAAAAUUUAUCUCCCAGUUAUAUGGUUACAAUUGAUUUUGGAGUAUGGGAGCUGUUUUUUCCACAUAGUUUGGAUAAAGAAGACAGUAUAAAGAAAACUCUUGUCAGAUCUCACUCAAGAGUAAUUUCAUGAGAAACAGAUUGUCCCAACUAAAUUCCCAUUUGCAGCAAGCUAUAUGACAGCAGGAAGGAGGGAGUGUCUGCAGUAGGACGUGAGGUAUAUUUCUUUGUGUAAUUCUAAUAUAUCGAAGAUCGUGAAAAGCUGGCUUUAUUGGAGAAAAAUAUCCCUCUUAAAUUUUGGCCUUCUGUCAGCUGAGUGAUAAGUGCAAUAGUUGUAAAUCUACUUGACACUAUAAUAAACUGAACCGAAAUUUUCAAAGUCUUUUUCUCA